GCCUGUGAGCACACGCGUACGUACGGCCGGCCGAGCGUCGGCGCGCGGUUCAUUGCUCCUACAGCGCUGCACACCGCUUGAUAAUGAAGAAGAAACGUAAUACCAAUAACUGCUGCGCGGAAAACUGUCGCAAUAGACAGAAGGAUACAAUGGAUUCGUUUUUCACUUUACCGACAGAUCCUGAAAGGAGGAGUGAAUGGUUAAAACAAAUUGGGAGAUUAGACUUAUUGAAUAAACCUAGUCUAAAAUCGAAAAGUUACAAAGUGUGCUCCUUGCACUUCGACCGUUCAGCGAUGCGUGAAGUAAUAACGCGGAAGUUACUGCCAGAUGCCGUGCCCACUAAACUUCUUCCGAACCAACCCCAGUCGUGCAUUCCAAAUGAAAAAGAAUCAUGUAGAGUUUGUGACGCGUCAACACAAACCGAGGAAUCGCAUGUAAAUACGUUAUGUAUAGUUAAAGUUGAGACUUUGGAAGUAGAACUGGAUCAACAAGCACAAGCCGCAUCAGCAUCAGGUAUGUCACAAAAACGGAAACUUCCUACAGAACAGACAUCUGGAAAGAAAUUAAGAGAAAAAAUACAAUUUGAGCCAGAUGAAAUUAAAACAGAAAACGAAACCGACACUGAUUCUGACACUGCUUAACAUUUCGGAUUUUUGUCGAUACUACGCUUCUAUGACCGAGUUAAUAAAUGUUUCUUAAAAUUA